UGGGACGUUUGUUCACGUCCGACGAUACUGUCUGUGCAGUUUGAGUGAAUUAGGGUGGACGGUGGCCGAUAAAUCGAGGACGAAAUGUUCGAGGCGGAGCAGAAGCCGGCCUCACCGGUGCCACCGGCCACGAACACCUUGACUACCGUACAGACACCCGUUCUACAGGUCGCCUGCAGGAUGCUGCGGUCUCCUAGCCACGAAAGCGUCAUUACUGAUUUAUCCCUGUUCAGUGUCUCGUCUAUCGCCAGCGAAGUCAAGGCCGGCAAUCGGCUCGUCGCCUUCAAGUCGUACGGCGAUGUCCCGCUAGGUGGACGCGGCCCCUCACCUAAUCCGGACACCAGACAGAUCCAGAGCAACAGGCCUGCGGAUAUUCCUGAAAUCCUCUGGUUCGAGGAGGAGACGGACCUGAUCCGCAGUUGCGGAGCUUUAUCUUCCGCCUUGGGUCUGCAGAAGAGUUUCAGCACGAGCGACGUCUCCCAGCUUCCCAGUCCGGACGCCUGCGGUCCCCGGAACCUGAGAUCGGCGGUUUCAUCUCUGGCCCUGGAUGCCGCCCACACGAACGGGUUCCUUCUGGAGCAGGCCAGGUUGGACCAUGCCUCCAGGUCGUGCAGCACCUGGGUAGCAGUCGGGGACGUCGUCAGCACUUCGCAGCUUCCCAGUCCCCAUGGAGGAGCUGCCCAGCAAGCUCCUGCCCCUCCUCAGCCUCAGACGAUCCCAUUCACCGCUGCCGACCUGGUCAGAUCUGUGAACAAGAAAGUCCGCCAAAACUACAUCAGACGAAGAUUGCUGACGACCUAUCGAGCCUUGGAGAGACUGUCUCAGAGCGAGUUCAACCUGGACCGAUUGGAAGCUGCAGCAUCUGCAGCCCAAACCAACCCUGGAGCAACUUUAGUGGUUCCUGGAGCUCCCAGCAUCUCAACCAGCUUGGUAGGUCGCAAAAGUGGAAAUCAUCCCCUAACCGUAAGAGAUGUCGAGAGAGAACGUGGGAAACAGCUCUCCAAGUACGAGAGGAACAUGAUGAUCUUCAACUGGCUGCACACCCUCGACGACAGUGUCAUCGAUAGUAUUCAAUAAGGAGUUAAAAAAGGAAAAAAAAGGGCCGAUUGGAUAUCAAAUCUCAUUAAAUGGAAAAGAACGCGACCGAAAAGUGCUCGAACGGGAUGAAAACGAGACCUCGGAGCGCAGACUUUAAUUCUUCGAGAAAGGGACAAAAUUAAUAAAAGUAAAGAGAGCGAGGUGGAGUAACAAUCGACAGAUGUGCAAUUUCUUUUUUUUCUUUUUUUUUUUAAUUCAUGCUCGAAUGAAUUCCUCCCUCUUGCUCGUAAAACGAGAGGUUGUUUAAGCGAUUGUUUCGACCUUUCGCCGAUUUUCAUGAAUUCUCGCGGAUAAUGCAAUAAACACCGCAAUUACGCGCGGCAAUUGUUGACGUAGAUUUAGUUGGGACAAAGUUCAGUAGACUCGAGUCGGAUUAACAAUAUCGAUAAACGCGAAUACUAAAGAUAAACAUAACGUUGUUACGUCUAGUCUCAGGGAGUGUACCGAAGAAUGAGACAUUGUUUAAACAACGAGCGUCACUUGGUAUUGCUCGGUACUGCACAUAGAGCCGGAUGAGUGCGGAGUACUUUUGAAUGAUAAUGAGAAAAGAUGUCACUAAAAGAUUUUAAAGACACUAGCCUGAGUCCUAUUAAACUAGAAGUGC